AUGGUGGUGGAGGUUUGGUGUGGAGGACAAAGCCCUUUGGAAGCAGAUGUUGAGGUGCAAAUAUGGCAUGGGUGGAAAGCUGGGUACCUACUUUCAUCAGGUUCAUACUCUAUUGCUUCAACAUGGAAGUGGUGGGUGUCUUUGAAAGGUCCUACUGUUGAUGUUGCUGAUAUGCUAUGGAAGAAUAUUGCCCCACCAAAGCUGCAAUUCUGUGGUUGGUUAGUAUGGAAAGGCAGACUUAAAGCUUCAACAUUUCUUAAGAGGAUUGGUGUGUUAAACAUGGAAGCCAGUUCGCUGUGUUUGAUGUGCAAAGUAGAGGAGGAGACAACUAAUCAUGUGCUUCUAUCUUGUCCUUUGGUUUGGAAAGUGUGGACUGAUAUAUUGAAAUGGUGGGAUUUGGUUUGGGUACUGCCGGGGUCUGUUAAGGUCUUGCUGAAUUGGUGGGCUGGUUUCAAGUUCAAGAAGGUGGUUCAAAAAAUGUGGAAAUCUGUUCCUUUGGCUGUAAUGUGGUCAAUUUGGAAAGUAAAGAAUGAGUGUCUUUUUCACGGUAAGUCUGUUGAUGUGCUAGAAUUAUCUGAAUUGGUAAAAGUAAGGGUAGCACUUUGGGUUAAGCAUAGUACUACAGAUCUGCAGUAUUCAGUGGAGGAUACAGUCAAUAAUCUUAAUAGGAUCAAAGCCUACUGGUGGUGGUAG